CGAGCCGGAGCGCGUCCGAGCGCCAGCAGGCGGAGCGCUGGAUCAGGGAGAAGGCCAUGGACGCGGCGGAGCGCCGGGCGAACGAGGACGCCGAGAGCUGGAUCCGGAGGAGCGUGCUGGAGUCGGCAGACCGCAGGGUGAGGGAGAUGCAGGCGGCGAGGGCCGCGGAGGAGGCGGAGGGCCUCCCGCCGGCGCGGCCGCCGCUGCCGCGGGGCGCCGAGGAGGCUGGCGCCCUCGACCGGGCCCUCGGCCGCGCGGAGCGCGGCGUGGCGGGGCUGCAGGCCGCCCUCAGCGGCCGCGGUCCGGGGGCGGGUCCGUCCGCGGUGGACGUGUGGCCGCCGCACGCCGCGGAGGAGGCCGCGGCGGACGCGGGGACUGGUGCCGAGGCGGCGGGAGCGCUGGCGAGGGCGGCCCUGAUCGCGGGGCAGCACCGGGCCCAGGAGCAACGGGCCGAGGAGGCGCUUCGCGGGGCGGCGGCGGACGAGGCGGGGUCUCAGACCAGGGCGGUCGCGGAGGAGGUCGAGCGCAAGGCGGCGGAGCAGGUGGAGGCCAGGCUGAGGGCGGCCGCCGAGGAGGCGCAGCGCAUCGCCGCACAGCAGGCCGAAGAGGAUGAGGAUGAGGAAGAGGAGGCCGAGAGGAGGAGGGCCGUGGAGGAGGCCGAGAGGAGGGCGGUGGAGGAGGCCGAGACCAGGGCGAACGCGGCGGCAGAGGAGGCCGAGAGGAGGUCGGCGGAGGAGGCCGAGGACAAGGCGAAGGCGGCGGCGGCAGCGGCGGAGGAGGCCGAGAAGAGGGCGGCGGAGCAGGCCGAGGCCAGGGCGGCGGCGGAGGCCGAGAGGAGGGCAGCUGAAGAGGCCGAGGCCAGGGCGAAGGCGGCGGCGGCGGAGGAGGCCGAGAGGAGGGCGGCGGAGGAGGCCGAGGCCAGGGCGAAGGCGGCGGCAGAGGAGGCCGAGAGGAAGGCCGCCGAGCAGGCCGAGGCCAUAGCGAAGGCGGCAGCGGAGGAGGCCGAGAGGAAGGCCACCGAGCAGGCCGAGGCCAGAGCGAAGGCAGCAGCAAAGGAGGCCGAGAGCAGGUCUGCAGAGCAGGCGGCGUUCCAGGCCAGGGUGGAGGCGGCUGCGGAGGAGGCCGAGAGGAGGGCCGCGGAGCACGCGGAGUCCCAGAUCAGGGCCGCAGCGGCGGAGGCCGAGAGGCGGGCGGGGGAGCAGGCCGAGGCCAGGGUGAGGGCGGCGGAACUGUCCGAGAGGAGGACGGCGGAGCUGACCGAGGCCAGAGUGAGGGCGGCGGCGGAGGAGGCGGGGAGGAGGGGCGCGGAGCAGGCCGAGGCGAUGGUACACGCCGCGAGGGCGGACGCCGAGCGCAAGGCGACGGAGGAGGCCGAGGUCAGGGUGAGGGCGGCGACCGAGGAGGCCGAGAGGCGGGCCAGGGAGCGCGUGGAGGAGCAGAUCCGACUCUUCGCGGAGCAGGCCGAGCUGAGGGCCGAGGAGCUGGCCGAGGCGAAGGUCCGGGCGGCCGAGCGGGCGCGGCGCGAGGCCGCGGGGGCGGGCGGCGCGCCCGACGGGUCCGGGGGGCGGGCCGCCGCGGAGCCCGGGCGCCACGCCAGGAGCCCCUCGCAGCUCCAGGAGGUGCACGCCUCCUCGCCCCCGCUGCACGCCGUGCCGCUCUCCCAGGACGCGGCCCUGCCGCCGGGGGCGCCCAGGAAGAGCGCGUCGGACCCGGAGGCGGUGCGGCGGCCGGGGGAGGAGGAGGAGGAGGAGGACGUGGAACGGUCCUUGGCCAGACUCUUUACCCAGAAGCUGGCCAGCCGCCCGUCGGACGCUGGUAGCCAGGCUGACCUGGCGGCGCUGGCGCGGAGCCCGGCUCUUGGGCGACGAGAUCUACGCUGGCUUGCGUAUUUGAAGUGGGGGUGA